GGAAUUCCACCCCUCCCUCCCACGUUUUAUCCAGUUUUCACCAUUGAUUUGUUGAGUGUUCAGUGCCUUAUUGCAGUCUUGAAACUCUAUUUAUUAACGGUAAAUAAUUAAUAAUGCAAGUGCAGAUAGUAAUAAUCACCAUCUUGUGUGUGUCAUCUAUCCACCGAAAGCCAAAACGGUGCGCUUGAACGUUAAUUUCACUUUCCAAAACAUCUCGAUAAACAGAACGAAAGAGAAGAAAAUCAUCGCACAAUAAAAAAAAUGCAUCACAACAGGCGAAAGAAGAAGCGAAUAAACUACGGGGUGAGAGCUGUGGAGUUGAUGAGAGGCUCUAAGGGUUUUGGUUUUACAAUUUCGGGACAACAGCCGUGCAUUCUAAGCUGUAUUGUCUCAGGCAGUCCAGCAGAGAUAGUUGGAAUACGUGCAGGUGAUUAUUUGGUCGCUGUCAACGGUCACAACGUCGGUAAAGCCCCGCACGAUGAUGUGGUUCGAUUAAUAGGGCACUCCAAGGGAGUCUUAAGGCUUCAGAUAGCUGAAAAUUAUUAUUCAGACUCCUCAGAUGAAGAGGGACCUACGGCCUCGAGAUCAAAACCCAAAUAUUCUCACAAACAACGUAAUUCUAGUGUUAUAUCUGCAGCCUCAGGCGCACCUGCAGGACAAUUGCAAUGCCGAGUAGCCAAGGUUGUCAGAGAUCUUCAGAGUGGUGCCAUGUUCAGUGUCAGUGGAGAGGACGACAGAAUGCUCCAGAGCAAGAUAACCUGUGGACAAAAUGGGCUCUAUCAUCGGUGGAAUAUGGCCAGUGCUCCACCACUGCCACCACCACCACAUUCUCAUAAAAGGGAUGCUGAGAAAAUUGUACAUAGGACGGUGGUAGGCUAUCUGGGCACCAUUGAUAUACCUAAUCAACUGCAUCCCUCGACGAUGAUGCAGGUCCUCCGAAAAUGCAUAAAGCGAUUAAAAGCUGAGAAACGUACCCCAACAACAGUUCUCCUAACAAUUCACGUAGCAAACAUAAAGCUCACAAAUUCAGAAAACAAGAUAAUCGCCGAAUAUCCUUCCCAGCGAAUAGUCUUCUGUAACUCAUUCUCGGAGCAAGACAAACAAUACUUCGGCAUUGUGACAAAAUCAGCCAAUCACACAGACGAAAUAGUUUCCAAUUCGUGCCACGUAUUCACCAUUUACUAUAAAUUAAUAGAGCAUGCAGUUCACCAAAGUACUUGCAACAUCUUCGGCUUCACGUGCACAAAGACAUCCGAAUUGACUGUUUGUCAAGAGUUUCCCGAUAGUUGCAACGGUCUGAUAGGUGCCAUUCAAACUCUGUACAUAACAGAUACAACCGACUCAGAGGCGAAUCCAUUCAACGAUACCAACAGAAGCCAGAGGAGAGAGACUGUCUCCCCUCAGCCCUCGAAUCUUAGCACUUCGACUGCUCACUCUUCCAACAGUGACUCUGGAAUUGGCUUCAAGGAUGAGUUUGGAAGCCACUAUUCAAUGGCAGAGCGCAAUAUAAAUCUUGAUUAUUCCCAGAGAAGAUUGCCAAUUUUAUCGACAAACUCUCGAUUAACCGUUCGUGCAACGCACGAUUCACAAAAUGAACGUAGAGUGGAGAAUAGCGUUGGGGGCACGAGGGAUGGUGGUAGUGGGGACGUCACCUGCCCCGGACCAUCUGCCGCUGUUACAAUGACCAAACUCGACGCAUCGUCAGUCGGUUCAUCCACAUUUUCACGUACCAUUGCUGGGAUGCUACACACGGUCGAUGCUGACGAUAUGGAGUUCUGUGAUAACAAUGUGGGUGAUAAACUUAGUCCUAAGGUUUUCAAUGUCACCAAGACAAUGGUACACAGUAUGGAGGAUCUCAAAAAUGAGGAUGAGACUAUCGAUGUCUUUGCCAAGCCUGCUGAUCCUCGACCUUGGGGGAGUUUGCAGGAGAUCAGAAAUGUUGGCGGCUUUCAAUCCAAUUCUUCGUUAUAUGGGAGUAUAGAAUCGUGCGAUAAGAAUGAGCCUGGGCUUGGAGUGCGCUCUUGGGGAGCGGGAUUCGAGAACCUCUUGAAAGAUCCAAAAGGACUACAGACAUUUGCAGAAUUCUUAAAAAAAGAAUUCAGCCAUGAAAAUAUUUACUUCUGGGCGGCUUGCGAGCGCUACAAAGAUACGGAAGACACAACCUCCAGGCGACGAUUAGCCUGGCAGAUCUACCAGAGACAUCUCUCUACAAAUGCCUCGGAGCCGGUGAAUGUCGAUAGUCAUGCAGCUGGACAAAUCACUCAGGAGUUUCUCAAUCGUGCCCCCGAGGAGCUCUUUCUCCAGGCUCAAAAGCAAGUCUUUAAUCUCAUGAAAUUCGACAGUUACCCUCGAUUCCUAAAAUCAGCCCUUUAUCAUCACUGCAAGGAGAACGGCACUGGCGUUAGAACAGAGGAUCACGAUCUUGAUUUAACCGGUUCACCAAAUGUUAAGCUGAAGAAGAGCCAUUCUGAUGCCGAAGAUCGUUGUAGAAAAUCGAUACUCCCUUGGCAUCGUAAAAAUAGAUCAAAAUCUAAGGAUCGAGGAGAAUCAGAAUACAACAAAACUCCAAACCGAGGAGAGCCCAUGUACAAGAGUUUUACAACAAUAAAAAGGGAUACAGAGGGCAAUAACAAUGACGACAGUAUUUCCAUAUCGAGUAGUAGAUCGUCACUGGCAUCGUGGGAUCUCGCGCUACGUCAGUCCUUCAGUAAACAUUCGCUAUCGUCGUACGAUGGUCAAAAUGAUAAGAAAGAGAUACAGGCCAAGUGCACUGGUUUGUGUCGGGUUAUUUUGCCGGAUGGCUCAACAACGGUCGUACCAACAAAUCAAUCUGAGAGCAUUAAAGAUGUUGUUACCCGGCUUCUUGAGAAACGAGCACUACGAUAUUGUAAUUAUGAUGUUCUCGUACUGGCCACAGACGAGAUGUUAAAUCUGAAAUAUUCAUCAUCAGUGCUUGCUGGACAAGAGGUGGAGGUCGUACCGACGAAAGUACUGAAAGUCGAUCUGCCAUCCCGAAGGAUAAUAACCGUAGUAGCCCACAAGAAUCAAACGUUGCGAGAUGUUCUCAGGCCUCUUCUCAACAAAUACGGUUUCAAACUCGAAUUAAUCACCAUUUGGGGUGAAGGACAUCCAGUUUCGUUAGAUAUUCCGGCAAUUACUGCUCCCAACCGGCUAGUACUGACAUCCAACAAUGAAGAUUUUCACCGCGAUAAUUUACAUUAUCAUGAGGACAUUGAGCAGGGACAGUCCCAGCUCGAUGAAAUUACUAAUAAAGUAUUUGAGGAGCUUUUAGUCGGGAAAAGUACAAAUAAGUAUUACAGUGAAGGUUCAUGUAAGUCUGACGACCAACGCUCCGAAGGCUCCUCCAUUCUCUCAAGCAAGUUUUUUACGAGAGAUACAACAGUUCUGGGCAAAAAAAAGGGAAAAUCUAAGAGCAGUAAUUUGAGUGAAAAGAGCAAUUCUACUGACUAUACAGGAGAGGAAAAUUUACAAUCGAGUAGAGCACAUGCUCCAUUAAUAGCAAAGUGGCGAAAUGGGGUCAAGCUUCAAUUGCCUGGAAGAUUCGAUGGUGAUGAAUUGUAUGAGGGAUUGAAAAGGGCCCAACGCUCGCGGCUUGAGGAUCAAAGGGGCACAGAAAUUAAUUUUGAACUUCCAGAUUUCUUGAAGCAAAAUAAAGAAAAUGGAAAGAACACAGAGGUGAAAAAACACAGGAGAGGACGUCUCUUGGGCUUGAGUUCAGAUUGCACCUCCAAAUUCUACAACUCAAGUGAUGAUGGCAAAAAACCCAAUCUGGUAACAAAUCCAGUAAUCGGGAAGUGUAAUUACAAUUCCGAGGAUUCUCAAACCACCUCAAAACAUUUGGUACCGUCAAAUAGGUUCGACUCCAUGAGUAGUCUCGAUGGAACCCUGGAGGAUAUGGACAAGACAAUAAUCGAGAACGGAAAUGUCUCGAAUCAGUCGAAAAAUAAAGAACUGUUUUUUAAUAAUCAGCUGACUGAGUCACCAGAGAAAUUAUCAAAGCCUCCACCCCUUCCACCUAAACCCAAGGGUCUCUUGACGAAAUCCUUAACACGAGCCGCACAAAUGGGCCCUAUAACGCCAUUGGAAUCACGUGAGACUAAAAAUAAUUUUUGAAAUUGAAAGUAUUUUAAAUGCAACUUUUGAACUGUAAAAUUGCAAUUUUGCGAAAAAUUAUUACACAAUUGUAUAUUUUAACAUACGUGUCUUAUGAAUUUCUUCAUUAAAAUUGCACGUUGCGAUGAGUAAAUAUUUCUCAUAUGGAAAAAUAAUUCAAGAUUAUUUUCCUGGUUAUAAAUGAUCUGAAUUCCCGAAUUCAUUGCCCAAAUUGGUACUUCAUGAAAUGUAAAAGUGUAUAAAUAACUGGAUAAAUAGAAGAAUUAUUUCAUAUAUAAGACAGUCGCUAUCAUGCAUCAAUUAAAUUAAUUUUGAAAAAAUAAUCCAGUGAGAUUUCCACUUGAGACAAUGGAAAUGUUUGUGAGUAUAACUCUUUUAUGGACAAUCUAUUUCAAAGUAAAUUACAAUAACUCAUUGUGAUGCAUAAAUUUCAUUAAAGUCAAAGAAUAUCUGAAUAUAUUACUGGUUGCAUAAGUUCGAAAUUUGCAAAUUUGUUCUUGAUCGAUUAUUUAUAAAAUGUAAAAGUUUAUAAAUAACUGAAUAUUAUGUGUAUAAAUAAAAACAAAAUUAUUUAAAGUGUA